CCAUCGCUACGAUGGUGUGUUAAAAGCGUACGAAGACGCCUGCGCUGCUAAACUAGGGGCGAAUCCAAAGCCAGCUGCAAAGGCACCGGGGCUUUUACCUAUCGACGAGGCUUUUGAAAAAGGCAAGAAGUUUGCCAGAGACGACCCCAGGGCUAAAACGAUCUCUAACUUCAUCAUAGAAAUGAUGGCGCUUGACGACCAGCCCUUCUCCCUCGUCGAAGAUAAAGGAUUCAGUUGGCUAGUUCAUCAUUUAACCAGAUGUGCAAAAACUACAGGAGGAACCAUGGCCAGGUGUGUAUAAAAGGAUGCUGCAGGUGGAUGUGAGCAGCAGAUACUUGGAGACAGAAGUGAAUUCAGGAAAAGAUGGCCGCCGCUCUGCUGCUCCUGCUUCAGCUGGUCUCACUGGCGUCUGCAUCACAUCACUACGGGGGAACCGUGACCUAUAGCUACAAAGGAAGAAACCCUGAUGGAUCAUUUAGGGUGGACUUUCGCGACAGGGCGACCUAUGAUGGGUGUCUGUACUCCCAUUACCAGACAUGUAGCACUGGCAACUGUGGCUUACUCACUAAUCAACAGAGAGGCAUAACUGACAGGAGCACCAAUGCACCGCAAAGAAACAGAGAAUGGUGUGAAACAGAAACAGUUCAACAAAGAAAAGUCCCAACUGACAAACCGUUUCAGAUGAGGGCAAGUAGCUGUUGUUGGAUCCCAACACGUAACGGGGUUAGAGGUUGGAGAUUUCGAACUCAAGUAGAUUUGGGAUCAAGAUCUGACACUGGCAAACCAAACAGAUCCCCAGACAUUGCCAUUCUACCUUUCCUACGAGUUCCCCAGAACUGCCCACGGACCUACAAGCUGAUGUCCUUCGACCCUGAUGGAGACACAGUUCGCUGCAGAUAUGGAAAUAUCAGAAAUGUAGAGUGCAGCGGAUGUAACCAACCUUCAGGCUUUGUCUUGGAUCAGGGUUCCUGCUCCUUACAUUACCGCAAUGCCAUCGCCAACUCAAGUGUUUUUGGAUUUGAGUUGGUGGUGGAGGACUUCCCGCAAAGGCCCAUCUCUCUAUCCUACACCGAUGGAACCCAAUCCUACAAGGCUCCACUGAUUCCCAUGAGGCAUAAACGAGCCUACUACCACACAUAUCCUCCCACGACUUCAGCACCAAUCACGACUCCAGCGCCUAACACUAUGGCACCAACAACACACCCAUGGUGGUGGCGGGGGUAUCAUACACCUCCAGCACCGACCACAACUGCAGCACCAACCACAACCCCAUGGGGGCUGCAUACAACUCCAACCACCACAGACAACAGACACCUGCAUGGCACCACGCCUCCUCUCAGUAAACUGCCUUUGCAAUUCUCCUUUCUUGUGGACCCACCUGCUCCCUCAUGUGUUGAUGGACUCUACUUGCCAAAGUUUGUGCACCCAACACCUGACGAUGGACAACACAUCAAUGCCGAGGUCAACAAAGAAGUGGAGAUCAGAGUCCGAGCACAAGCUUCACAUGCAACACUACAUGAUAUCAUCAUCAGUGGGCCACUGAAUAUCACCAAGCACAGAAGCACACAUGGAGACUUUGUCAUUAGGUGGACGCCUGGCCCUGAUGAUGUGGGAGAUCAUUACCCAAUCUGCUUUGCUGUUGAAUCAGUAAUCGAUCCCGCCUCUACCAUCCCCCCUAAAACUACAAAAAUGUACCAUCCUCACGUCCCCCAAUCUCCACAGUCCGGCAUCUAUCAGUCCGAGAUGAGGUGCGUUCUGGUGAACAUCGGUCAAAGACUAAUUGAAUCCCAUGUGACCUGCCAUGAGUCCUCAAUGACGGUAGAGGUUGAGAGAUCUUCUCUCCCUGGACUCCAUGAGGAUCAUUUACGCCUCAAUGACCCCAGCAACACGGCCUGCAACCUGCAGACAAACUCCAACAGCACGCACAUCAUCGCGGUCGUACCCCUCAACGCCUGCGGCACUCAGAUCGAGGAAGAUGAGGAAAACCUGGUUUUCAAAAAUGAAAUCACCACGGUGGACAACAUACACGACCUGAUCACCAGGAACCACCUGCUGGACGUCCAGUUCUACUGCCAGUACCCCAAACGUGGGAACGUGUCGCAGGGCUUCACAGCACACAGGAGGAAUGUGGUGGUGUGGGAUAAAGGCUUCGGAAAGUUCACCUACGAGUUUGAGUUCUACCCAGACAGCCAAUAUAGACAAAUGGUUGAUCCAGGGCUGUACCCUCUGGAGUACGAUGUGACGAACAAGAUCUACAUGCAGAUAGAGGCCAAAUCUACCGUCAACAACACCCAGCUGUUUGUGGAGUCCUGCAGUGCAGCACCAUAUGACACCCCCAACUACUGGCCAACAUACUCCAUCAUCGAGAAUGGGUGUAAUGUGGACCAAACGGUGCAGGUGCAUCGGAGCGCCAACCCGAGACAGUUCAGGUUCAGCAUGGAGGCCUUCCAGUUCAUCGGCUUGCACGACCAGGUGUACAUCAGCUGUUCAGUGCUGAUGUGUGAGGCAGGGAGCAGCGGCACCAGGUGCUCACAGGGGUGCAUCAACUCCCCCCUUACUGGGCAUCAUCAUCACCGCAAGAGAGAGGCCAUCACUCAGAGCGCCAGGCACUUCAUUUCCCAGGGUCCUCUGCGUUUGAAGAGAUCAGCGGAGAGCACCGGGAGCCCAGCGACCCCCCUGAAUCUGAACCUGGUGUUCAUCGUUGGAUGUCUUCUUGCAGCCGUUGGCAUGAUCAGUGCAGUGGCCCUGUACAAAGUCAGAGCCUCAAAGGUCAAAUACCAACCGUUGCCCUCUUUCGAAAACUAAGAAAGCGGCCAUUUCAGAAUACCCAUUUUUUUAUCGGUUGCAUUUGACUACAUUAAGCUUCUUGUUUUUUAAUGCUAUCAGAUAACGAGUCUUCAUUUGUGCCUUAUGGGUUAUAAGUGGUGUUUAUUGUGGUGUUAACCACUGUUUACAGUGUAAUCCUAUGUAGCUUCACAAGUGAUUCUUCUAUCAUGUACUCCAUUAUGAUUUAAAACUUGAUUGAUAUGUGUAUCCAAUCAGUGUAAUGCUUAAUGUUAAUAGUACAUGUACAACUUAAUUGUUCCGCCUUAUCCUAACUCCUUUGGGCUUAAAGUUUCAAUAAAAACUCUCUCAUAUCUC